AUGACACAACUAUUAGACAUUGGAGAACAUUGUUCCUUCUGUGGACAAAUAGAUUUCUUACCUUUCAAAUGUUCAUGUCAUCAAACAUUUUGUCAAAAUCAUAGAAAACCAGAAAAUCAUGAUUGUAAAGAUUGGAAAUUAAAACAAAAACAACAAAAACCUACAGAAAUCCAUGAAAAUUCAUUUAAAGAUUUACCUUCAUCUCAAUCAUUAUUCCCUGAUAGAUCUAAUUGGAAACCACCAACUUUGAAAACUACAGAAACAAAUCCAACAAAUCUUCAAGGUACAUUAAAAUCAAAUUCAAAUGCUUUAAAUAAAUUGAAAAAAUUCUUUACCAAGUCAUCAAAAUCCAUAAAACCUUCUAAAAAUCCAUCCAAGAAAAUCAUUGAAUUAGCACAAUUGAAAAAUAAAUCAAAAGGUGACCCUAAGGUACCCACUACUGAACGUAUCCAUCUUCAAAUCCAAGUCAUUGAUGAAUCAUCCAACAUUGAUCAAAAUACUAAAUUCCCAAUAUUUAUAAGUAGAUCAUGGCCAAUAGGUCGUGCUUUAGAUUCAAUAGCUUCAAACAUUGGAUUAAAAAAUUUAAAUAAUAGAACAAAUAAUCCAGAUGAACGAAUUUUUUUAUUUAAAUUGAUUGAUAAUGAUUUUAUUAAAUUAAAUACAAGUGAUCGUUGUUCAGGUUUAAAAGAUGGUGAUAAUUUAUUUAUUGUUAGAGGAAGUGAUCCAAGUGUAUAA